ACAAAACACAAGCCUUCCAAACCUCGAAUUGGUUGGGUGUCCUCAACAGCAGCAGUUCCCCGCAGCAACCUGAACAAACCACAGCGCAAGUCCCGCAAUUCACAAAAGCCUGCCCUGCCCUGCACCACCAGACAGAACUUAGUAAAAUAAAAUAUAUAACCUUAAAGUGGACAAAAAACCAGUGAAAAGCUCAACAUGGCAUUCCGCGUGGCCGGACUCUUCCUGAAAAAAGAGCUUGUUGCUCCUGCAACACAGCAGCUCCGACUAUUCCGCACAUCCAACACAGCGAGGGCCACGUUCCUGGUGAAUUCCCCAAACACGGCCCUGGACAAGAGCAUCCUGCAGAGAUAUCGCAAUCUGGAGACGCCAGCCAAUCGGGUGCAGGCCACGUACCUCUGGAUUGACGGCACUGGCGAGAACAUUCGCCUGAAGGAUCGCGUUCUCGACAAAGUGCCAAGCUCCGUGGAGGACUUGCCCGACUGGCAGUACGAUGGCAGCUCCACCUACCAGGCGCAUGGCGAGAACUCGGACACCACUCUCAAGCCGCGUGCCAUCUACCGAGAUCCCUUCAAGCCGGGCAAGAACGACGUCAUCGUGCUGUGCGACACCUACAAUGCCGAUGGCAAGCCGACACCGUCCAACAAGCGUGCAGCCUUCCAGGCUGCCGUUGACAAGAUUGGGGACCAGGAGCCCUGGUUUGGCAUUGAACAGGAGUACACGCUGCUCGAUGUGGAUGGUCGUCCCUUCGGCUGGCCCGACAACGGCUUCCCAGCACCGCAGGGACCCUACUACUGCGGCGUUGGUGCCGACCGCGUGUACGCCCGCGAUCUCGUGGAAGCCCACACCGUGGCCUGCCUGUACGCAGGCAUUGACUUUGCCGGCACCAACGCUGAGGUGAUGCCCGCCCAGUGGGAGUAUCAGGUAGGUCCCAGCAACGGCCUGAAGGCCAGCGAUGAUCUCUGGGUCUCGCGCUACAUCCUGCAGCGCAUUGCCGAGGAGUACGGCAUCGUCGUCACCUUCGACCCCAAGCCCAUGGAGGGCCAGUGGAAUGGAGCCGGCGCCCACACGAACUUCUCCACCAAGGCGAUGCGCGCUGAUGGGGGAAUCAAGGCAAUCGAGGCGGCCAUCGAGAAGCUGAGCAAGCAGCACGAGCGCCACAUCAAGGCGUACGACCCCAAGGAGGGCAAGGACAACGAACGGCGCCUGGUCGGCCGUCUGGAGACCUCCAGCAUCGACCAGUUCUCGUGGGGCGUGGCCAACCGGGCUGUCAGUGUGCGGGUGCCACGAGGCGUUGCGACAGCUGGCAAGGGUUACUUCGAGGAUCGCCGCCCCAGCUCCAACUGCGACCCGUACGCCGUGUGUGGCGCCCUGGUGCGCACUUGCCUGCUCAACGAGUAGAGCGGCGGGGGAGAGAGUGUGUAGGCUGCUGCUGGUGGGCGUAACAUUUUUAUUGUACAUAGCAUACAUAUAAUUGAACUUU